GUUUCACCAGUCCUCCAAUUAAGAAAAGCGCACAUUACCACGUCAACAAAGCCCCUUUCUAAAUUAUAAUAAGUGAACAGGACGCUCGACAACCAGGGAAACGCACAUUUGACUGGAAGUAACAGUGUCGGGGACAAUUAAGCGGGCAAUUACGGCGGUCGUCUAGCCAUCCUCCUGACAGUAAAAACCCGACGCUGGCGCUUGUUCAGCGCUCAUAAUGAAUUUAUCCCGUCCACGCCUGCGCAGUCACCAUUCAUCUUUGAAUCUCCUGCGAAGGAGAAAGCAGCAGGCGGCUCUCGCUGGUGUCUAGCUGGAGAGCGCUUUGACUGAACGUCUUGGAUUUGGUCCGGUCAACGAGAGUCAGAGCUGUGAAACUGUGCCUGGUAUCAACGCGUGUUUGGAUAUCUGUUCCCACUACAGUAACACUUCAACCAUUCAAGAGAAACAGAUGGAGCUGUGAGCCGGGUCAGGGGGAAAUAGCAGGCACCUGGGAACCCAGUGAAUCACAGCACUGGAGAAAACAAGUGGGAGAAGUCUAGAGAAGUGAGGCAGUCAUCCUCACUCAGUCCCCACAGGGAUAUUCUCAUCCCAAGGAGCAAGGUAGAGGUUCCGAACCCAUCCUGAGACCGCAACACCGGGCCGCAGAGGGGCAAGAGGAAAGUACUGCGCAAGGUGAGACAGAGGGAAGCAGGUCAGGUCUGUAGGCAGGGGGCUCUGAGGGGAGCGUAUGAGGAGGAGUCAGAGAGCAGAGGAGACCCCCUGACCUGUCCUGACAACACAGAGCUGCCCCGGCAACACACCCGGGCCACACAAGGAGACGGACAAGGAGCACCCACUCCUUUCGCAGGCAUGAGGUCCUUCCGUUCGUUCGGUAAUGAUGACCGUCACGUCAUGGCCAAACACUCCACCAUCUACCCAUCGUCGUCUGAACUGGAGGCGGUCCAGACCCUGGUGUCCACCGUGGAGGGUGCCCUCAAACACGUCUCUGAUUGGAUAGACCAGAGCAAUGUCCAAUCGGUGCAGAUUAACAGCCAGGCAGACGCAGCAGCCGGCCAGACAGACGGCCAGCCGAACCCCACAGACAGCACAAUGACAGAGGAUGGUAGUGCUGACCAUGACGACGACCUUAACGACGACCCCGACGUUAGUCCCAGUGCCAGCCCAGAUGACUGCACAGACAGCAGCUGCAGGGAGCCCGGUGGAGGUGUGCUGUGUGGGGUGAUGAGGAUCGGCCUGGUGGCUAAAGGGCUGCUCAUCAAACAGGACAUGGAUCUGGAGCUGGUGCUGAUGUGUAGAGAGAAACCCACUGAUGCACUGCUGUGCACUGUCUGUGACAACCUGCCCCUGCAGAUACAAAAGUUAACCGAAGACAAGUAUGAGGUGCAGCGCUGUGUGCCAGAGGCAGCCAUCUUGGUGUGUAGUACGACAGAGCCAAAACUCACCCUGAAGGUCACCCUCACCUCCCCGCAGAUGAGAGAGGACAGCGACGCGGACGAACAAGUGGAGGGUGUUGAGCUGACAGACCCGGCAGACAUGCUGGACAGGCACAGAUGCCUGGUGGCCCUGGCGGCUCUGCGACAUGCCAAAUGGUUCCAGGCCAGAGUAAACGGGUUGAAGUCGUGUGUCAUCAUCCUCAGGAUCCUGAGAGACAUGUGCAAUAGACGGCCAGCCUGGGAGCCGCUGAAAGGAUGGCCCCUGGAGCUGAUCUGUGAGAAGGCCAUAGCCACGUGUAACCGGCCGCUUGGUGCAGGGGAGGCCCUCCGUCGGGUCAUGGAGUGUCUCGCCUCAGGAAUCCUCCUUCCAGGAGGACCAGGGUUACACGACCCGUGCGAGAAGGAGCUGACCAACACCCUAACGGCCAUGACAGACGAGGAGGCAGAGGCCAUCACAUACAGCGCACAGCACGCUCUGAGACUGAUGGCGUUCGGUCACAUCUACAAGGUGCUGGAGAUGGACCCUCUCCCCUCUAGUAAACCCUCCCAGAAGUACCCCUGGUCAGACAGGGAGGGCUCAGGGCUGAAGAGGCCCUACGAGGAUGGGCCCACGGACGACAAAGACCUCAUCAAGAAGAUGAAGAGGAACCUGAGGAAAGUCCUCGACAGCAAAGCAAUAGACACCAACCAACCAAUGAAUGCUCUGAUGCGUCUGAAUCAGAUACGUCCAGGUCUGCAGUACAAGCUGCUGUCCCAGUCCGGCCCGGUCCACGCUCCUGUCUUCACCAUGUCUGUAGACCUAGACAGCACCGUCUACGAAGCCUCGGGCUCCUCCAAGAAGACCGCCAAGCUGCAUGUCGCUGUCAAGGUUCUGCAGGCGAUGGGUUACCCCACAGGGUUCGAUGCAGACCUGGACUGCAGUGCAGACGAGAAAUCGGACGGAGAGGGGAAGAGCGAAUCAUCUACACACUCAAGCAAUAACACAGCACACUCAGACAACUCAAAUACACUGGAGGUCCGAACUCAGGGUCCUAUUCUGACGGCCAGCGGUAAGAACCCCGUCAUGGAGCUGAACGAGAAGCGCAGGGGUCUGAAGUACGAGCUCAUAUCAGAGAGCGGGGGCAGCCACGACAAACGCUUCGUCAUGGAGGUGGAGGUGGAUGGUCAGAAGUUCCGUGGGGCGGGGCCUAAUAAGAAGGUGGCGAAGGCUUCGGCUGCAUUGGCUGCUCUGGAGAAACUCUUCUCUGGCCCCAACGCCGCCGCCGCCAACAACAACAAGAAGAAGAAGAUCAUCCCACAACAUGCCACUAAAGGAGCCCUAGCUGCAGCGGCAGCCUCAGCAGUAGCAGCCCAGGUGGCCAGAGGGAGAGGUCGAGCCUUCAUCAGCGCUGCCGCACCAGGGUACACACAGAUACCAGGCUUCGGGACUCCAUAUGGAUACAGUGCCGCAGCCGCCCCAGCCUACGGUGGUCUUUUCAUUGACAAUCCUUUUUACCAGCCUCGGACCAUCGCACCAUUUAUUAUUCAUUUGGGUCCUCAAGAUCUCUUCUCUGACUUCUAGAACCAUCAGGUUGUGUGGCUUCUAAACUGUCGUACCUACAGUCCCGCGAAGGAGCUUGACCUUUGACCCAGCAGGCUGUCUGUCCGUCUCCCACCGUACGGUACAGAGCCAGCGAGCGGUCAAACCGAACUCCUCUCACUCUGUUCUGUCUCCUCACAACCCAAAUCAAAGGAAACAAACCUUUAAAAAAAGCAAUACUUGAUUUGACUUUUUUGACUCUCAGCUGCAUCAAAACUGAAGGCUGAGUACCUUGGUCUUUUAGUCUCUUUCUUAUAUAGCAAUACUACACCUGAACUUUUUGGCUUCAAGCUUACUUGAGAUGAUGACGUGAAUGUUCAAUUGAGUCUUACCCAAACACAGCAUUGCAAUAGGUCAUUUCAACUGUAUAUUCACUGUGUGUAUGUAUGUGUGGCUAUACCAUGGAAUAUAUGCAUAUAUGUGUAUGGUAUGUGUUCCUAGAAAUAUAUAUAUUACAUGUGCUGAAACUAUUUAGGGUGUACGCGUGUGUAAAUAUGAUAUACUUAUUGUUGGUAUAAAUUAUUUUAGAAUUACAAAAGUGAAAUGUAAUUAUAAUCCCACAGUAUAGCUUUCUUCUUCUUCCAGUUUUAUAUACACUAAGCAAUUUACUCUACUCUAGUACUAGGACAAUGCAAUAUGAAACGUGUUUCUUAAUUAACAGACUAGCGUAGUGAUGCUUCCUUUUCUUUUACCCCGAUGUCUAUCUCAUCUGAGCCUUUCUGGACACGCUCAAGUCUCUCUGGUCUAAGGCUCGCUAGCACAGCCCGGUCAGAGUCGAGAGUCGCUCGCUCACUCAACCCAGCAACCCUACCGCCCUUUCUAACACACACACACACACACACACACACACACACACACACACACACACACACACACACACACACACACACACACACACACACACACACACACACACACACACACACACACACACACACACACACUUCCUAUGUGACAGCACACAUUACUUUCCUGUUGACUUCCGGUCAGAAAGCACACUUCUCUACUCAGUGGAACAUUUCUCAUUGCUCCACUGCUAACAGGCAUACGCUAGUGGAGGUUGCUGGGGGGGGGGGGCUCAUAAUAGCUGGAAACCAUGUGUUCGAUGUAUUUGAUACCGUUCCACUGAUUCCUCUCCAGUCCUUACCCCGAGCCCGUCCUCCCCGCAUUAAGGGGCCACCCUGUACUGUACUGCUCCAUACUAACCUGGGGGUCUGUUGGACAACUAGAGUAUCUGAACACUGAAACCUCCUCACAGGACUACAUUACCCAGAGGACCAGCCACAGUCCUCUCUCUCUCUGGCCUACAGCAUAACGUGGGACCAAAAGCACAGUUCACAGUUUGUUAGCUUGUAGAGGCGGCGGGUGGCCCUGUCACGGCACCACCGCCUGCUCGCCCGCCCCCCCCCCCCCUCAUGCACACGUCAGUCGCCCCUCCGUUGCUGCGCAAAGGGCUUAGUUCACAAUCCGUUUGUACAACUGUUGUACAAUGUGCAGGCAAACUCACGAAAAGGGGGUAUUUUGGAUCACAACCAAUGUGUCAAAUGUAUUAUGCAUCGGUUUCACAAACCGAGCGUGGACUAAGUGGAGCUACUCGGACAAUCCAACACACAGGGCCCCACUGCUGCAUCUGUCAACAGUCGCAGAACAACCAGCCUUGCCACCACGGAACAGUCCAACCACACGUGAAUUAGCUACAUCUAAUUCAACGGAUAGUCCGACAUUAUACACGUUUAUAGCUCUACUGUAGAAAGACAGACGGGACCCAGUCGUUUCAUAACCACCUGCUUUACCCUCUCUAGUAUAGCUUUUGUCUAUACUAUAUAGUAUAAUAUACUACCUAUAGUAGGCAGUAUGCUAUAUCUAACUGAGAAGGUGAAGCCAUAGUAAGCUGUAGUUGAUAUAUGAGUUUAUCUGGGGUUAAAUUAGCGUAUGGUGGUAAAGUAAAACUACAGUGCCUAGCAAGAUUUACCAACCCAGCAUCAAGGCCAUAUUACCUGGUCUUGAAUAAGUGGACAUCUUAUAUCAGGAUGAGUCACUACAACCGCCCUGUAUCCAGUUGGAUGGAUCACAAAGUACAGGAUAAGAUAAGGUAAAUGAAUGUUGUUGUUUUUUAAAGCUUAUUUAUAUGAAAGCUGCUAAAAAUGUUAAAUCAACCCCCCCCCCCCCCCAAAAAAAAAAACAUUUUGCUAGUGCGUUCUGCAAUAUCACUUUUGUGUUUUUCAAAUAGAGGCGCCAGGCUGAUACAAACAUACCCAUAACCACAUGAUCUGACAACGGGCACAAUGCACAUCCAAAAGGGAAUGCAUGGUUUUAAGGUGUGCUCGUAUUUGAAUGUCCCGAAACAUUGAAGCAUAGCUUUUUAUAGCACUGGUUGGUGGGUCAAAUCUUUUCACAAACACACACGGUACUGUAUGUAUUUAUGUAUGUAGCUUCAGUUGGUGAGAGCUUCUGAUGUUUUGUCCUCAUCACCUUUUGGGAUGUUCAACACGACAGCCUUUUAAAAAAAAAAACAACUGCGGUCAGAAGGAAACUGCUGAAAUAUUGCAGGAAGUACAUGAAAUGCUUUGAUUCUUCUUCCUUGAUCUUCGUGGCAGUUUGAUCUUCAGUGUUUUUGUCAUUUUAAAUGUUGUCCUUUUUAUUUGAUUUUUUUUUUUAAUAAUGUGGGAAAGCUAUUGAGCCUCAGUGUAACUUUCAAGACGAAUAACUUACAGGAUUUCAAUCCUGGUGGGGCCAUACUUGUGAACUUUUUCUCAGUCUCAAAAUGAACAGCAGCCAAUUAAAAUGGUUGAGGUACACCGACUAUACCAAACCUUAGGAACUCCUUCCUAAUAUUCAGUUGUACGACUUCAGUUCGUCAGGGCAUGGAUUCUAAAAGGUAUCGAAAUUGUUCCACAGGGAUCCUGGCCCAUGUUAACGCCAAUGCUUCCCACAGUUGUGCCAGGUUGGCUGGAUGUCCUUUGGGUGGUGGACCAUUCUUGAUACACACGGGAAACUGUUGAGCGUGAAAAACCCAGCAGCAUUGCAGUUCUUGACACAAAC